AUGUACUCCAUUAUAUGAUUCUCAUAUACCCACUUUCCCUUCUACAUAGACUUAAGCUUAAAGCUAGAUCUACAAUAAUAUUCUCAUCCCUAGAUAUCUCACUCCCACAACAACAAGAACAAGAACAACAACCGCAACCACAACAAGAAGAAGAAGAAAAUGGAAGAUCUAAUCGCCCAAUUCAGCUUCCUCUCAAACCAAGCCUUGCAAGACAAAAGCUUCGACCCCGCCACGAUCGAAGACCUGAUGAAACUCUUCGAGAUCGAAGCGUACAAAUCAUGGGCUGCAGUUGAACUGGAACAGCAGCAAGAAGUGGAAGCAGCUGAGGUUGCCAUGCAGGAAGCUGAGGACUACAUGGACUCAGUGAUGGAGAGUGCCAUGGAUGAGUUCAGACGUUUUGAAGCGGAAAUGGAAGCCAUCUCCAAGGCUGAGCUCGACAGCUUAGUUGCCACUGCAGAAAGUGCAAGGAAGAUGGGGAAGUUCAUGGAGAAUGCAGCCACUAUUGCUUCCAAGAGGUAUAUUGAGGCUGCUCUCAACUCAGCCACUGCUUCCAUGAAAUCAGCUUGGAAGGGGAUUUCUACUAGCAAGGUUCACCCCUCUUAAUCAAAUUGAAAUUUGGAAGGAGAACCAUAAAUAACUGUAUUUGCUUAAUUUUCAUAUCUUUAAAAUGGGUUUUUGGCAGUGUGAAAAUAUGGAUCCAUUUAAAGUGGUUUCCAAGGAUUUGGCACUCAAAAAAAUUGAUAACUUCUAGUGUUAAAAGAUCAUAGUCUUCUGCAUAAUACAUUUUGGAAUAAAAUUUCUAUCUUCUUUUUA